GCUUGGUCGAAUUUGUCUACCGGCGAGUCAGUUUAGUUCAGUCCGUCAGGAUGAAGUCAACGUUUGCAAUUCUGUUGCUUGCACUUGUUGCGUCCAAUAGCUACGCACUCAACCGGGACGAUUAUGACCCAUUUGAACCCUUCAUCGCUGGUGGCACAAACGCCGUACUUGGCCAGUUCCCUUCGAUUGUAGCCGUGGGCGUCCCAACUCCUGCCAACGCCUUCUGCGGUGGAGUAAUCCUGAACGCAAAUCAUGUCCUGACGGCAGCUCUCUGUGUGCUGACUCCCCAGAAUACCCUACUGGCUCCGGCCCAGGUGACCAUCAUGUCCGGAGCGUUGCAGCUAAUAUUCACGGCUCCUCGGAUCGGCGUAUCGGCUAUCUACGUUCAUCCGGGUUACAACCCGUUUACGUUCGCUAAUAAUUUGGCCGUUUUGCGAACCACUUCAAACUUCGUCCCGCCGGAAAUUGCGGCCCCGAAUCUGGCUUUCGCAAUUCUGGGCGAUGAAAUUCCUUUCGAUGGAUUGGCCUGCCAGGCGGCUGGCUGGAACAACGCAACGGCUACUCCCACACAGCAGUUCAUCGCUGCACCGAUUAUGAACAGGGACACCUGUGCCGCAUUGGCCGUACAUUUUGGACGGAUCGAAGAGUCCAUGGUUUGCGCGGGUGUUAUCACCCAGGGUCCGGGUGUUUGUGCUAGCAACAUGGGAACCGGUUUGUUCUGCGAUGGACGUGUCGUUGGAAUUCUGUCCACUGGAUUUGGUUGCGGAACGGCGAAUAAUCCGGGAGUUUACACUCAGCUGCGGUUCUAUUUGCCGUGGCUUCAGCAGCAAUAUCAACGGCAGGAUAUUCCACCGGCGGGAUCGUCACCGAUUCCGACCUGGUGAUUGUGAGGUAGAUCAAUAAAGUGUUGUUUAAUAUAGAAAUUUGCUUCCUUGA